UCUUAUCAUUAUUGCAUAAUAAAUGGAGUUCUCUAUGCAUAAUAAUUAUUAACCUACAAUGUUAAAAUCGUAUACUAAUGACUUGACAUUUUUUAGUUAAAUAAUAUUUCGUAAAUAAUUAAAACAAGUAUAACUAAGGAAUUAAAUAUAAAAUGACUCGAGGUACUGAGCUUAUUAAAUCUGUCAUAGAACGUAUUAGUACAUCUAGUGGUUUUGGAAGGUGUAUGAAAAAUGUUAGAAUACUUUCUGCAGGAGAUGGCAAUUGUAAAGCUGAAUUCACUGUCUCUGAUGAACAUUUAAAUCUUGGUGGCUCAUUACAUGGUGGUUUUACAGCAACUAUUAUUGACUGCGUUUCAACUUACGCUUUGAUGACUUAUAAGACUGGUGCUCCAGGUGUUUCUGUUAACAUGAACAUUUCAUACAUGAAACCUGCGUUUCCUGGUGAAGUGGUUGAAGUUGAUGCUAAAACUAUACGCGCUGGUCGUACUCUAGCAUAUCUUACAGUAGAUCUCACCAAAAAUAAUGGUAAAGAUAUUAUUGCUAAUGGAAACCAUGUAAAAUUUAUCUUAUAAAGAAAUAUCUAGAUUUUUAAUAAUUAUUAUGUAAUAUACUACGUAAAGAUAUAUA